AUGCCAGAGAGACGCCUUUCGCGUCUGCUCAAGGCCACACUCCUGCAACGAUCAUCAGGUCCCAAAGCGGGCAACGGGGCGGACCCGCGUGUCCACCCAAACUCACCCUCUCGCCACUCUCGCGCUCAGCAACCCUUCGACUCCGCCAGCGAGAAGUCCUCGUACAGCGUCGUCUCUUCGCCAGCCGAGCCCUCUUUCGACGAGCCCGGCCCCGACCCUGCUCCCGACCGGCACGAGGGACACGCGCUCAAGCCCCGGCGCCCGGACGAGCCUUAUCCCAUCAUCCCCUCGGACCAGCAGCUUCAUCCUCCCGAGCGUGAAGGUCGCACCGAUAUCCCGCCGCCGAUUGAGCCUGGUCUUUCGCCGCUACAUACCCCUCUCACCGACGAGCCCCCUUCUCCCCUCGAGACUCCACUCCAGACGCCCCAGCUUUCCGACAAUACCUCUAUCCAGUCCACCCACGCCAAAAAUCGAACGGCGACUCCGAGCGAGCCUCCAUUGACACCGGCAUUAGAAACCGUCGUCGAGCAAACUUUGGACGCUCGUGAACCGUCGUCGCCGUUCUUUCCUCCUCCAUCAAGCAAGCGACCCAGUCUUGCCGUCCGGCGGCAGUCUUUGCUCCCAACGUCACACCAGCACUUGAUUAGUGGGCUGUUGGAUCCGAGUUUCUUUUUCUCGGGUGAACAAGGCAGUUUCCGUGCCCCCGUAGCUGCGAGCGAAAUGGUUCAACGCCGAGUCUGGGUCAAACGGCCAGGUGGCUCAGCCACCCUGGUACCAUGCUUGGAAGAUGCAGUGGUGGAUGAAUUGCGAGACCAGGUGAUCAUGAAAUACGUCAACUCUUUGGGAAGAAGCUUCGAUUCACCGGAUAUUGUGAUUCGAAUUCAAGCUCGAGAAGGUUCGAACAGACCGACACAUGCUGAACGCCUACUCAGCCCGGAGGAGGGUCUCUUCUCCGUCAUUGAUUCAUACUACCCCGGAGGUCAAUCAAUAGAAGAGGCUUUGAUCAUCGAUGCUCCGUCACGCCGAACCCCGAAGCCUUCGCCUCGCCAUCCCGCCUAUCAUCACCAUCAACCCGGCGAGAAUGGUGACUAUUUCCCUUUGAUGCCGGCCAAUCCAAACCCUACGCCCCCCGGACAUCCCGCGACCUCGACACAGGCUAAUGCGCCUGCUAUAUCAAUUCUUACCACUGGCGUCGCCCCUCCCUUGCCAUCGCCAGGAAGUCGUGCAUCGCGCCAUCACCGCCGGCCGCCACUCACCAGACACACAACAAGUUCCCCGACGAUUCACGGCCAAGUGCCUAUUGUGACAGAAACCGGCAUUUCCCCCCAUUCCCAAGCUCCUCCAGCUGCUCCGACGCAAAACGCACCCACACCUCCUGCGCCGCUGCCCGACUCCCCCCAGACCAAGACACAUACGCCACCAGCACCGGCUGCGUCUCCGCGAGCUCUUCGCAAAUCGAAAGGUGCUAUAUCACCUGGUGCGGUUUUUGGUGGAUUGAUCGAUGGUACUGUACCGCCAAUCAACGUUCUGAUCGUGGAAGACAAUAUCAUCAACCAAAAGCUGUUGGAGGCGUUCAUGAAACGACUGAGCGUGCGCUGGAAGUGUGCGGCAAAUGGCGAGGAGGCGGUGCGAAAGUGGCGGCAGGGCGGAUUCCAUUUGGUACUUAUGGAUAUCCAGUUGCCCGUCAUGAACGGCCUGGACGCCACCAAGGAGAUUCGUCGUCUCGAACGUCUGAAUGGGAUUGGUGUCUUCCCGAAGAAUGCAUCUGGUCGUUCCAGUGCUUCAAGCGCUGCAACCACUCCUAGCGAAAUGGAUAGACGGCCUAGUUUCCAUCGCUCUGUCAGCGAAGAGGACACAUUGUCUGAUUUGUCACUGUUCCGGAGUCCGGUGAUUAUUGUCGCAUUGACAGCUAGCAGUUUGCAAAGUGAUCGUCACGAAGCUUUGGCAGCCGGCUGCAAUGAUUUCUUGACCAAGCCCGUCGGCUUCCCGUGGCUUGAACAGAAAGUAACAGAAUGGGGUUGCAUGCAAGCUCUCAUCGACUUCGAAGGCUGGCGGAAGUGGCGUGGCUUCAUGGACUCUCCACGACCCGCCUCGCCUGGUUUCGACAGCGCCGCUAGUCCAAUGCAGGGUGGCAGCCGUCAUGAGUCCGUAUCGCAACCACAACCCGGGUCGCCAUCAGCCACUCGCAUUGCCGCCAAAACACCCCACCAUAAACUGCAGAGGCCUAAUCUGCCUGAUGCCCAGGAAAUCCUACGUGAGGAUUCGUGGGGUAGCGGUAGUGGUGGCGAUACUGCAGAUUCAUUCACUCCCCCAGAGGCUCCGCCAACGAAUGGAGUUCCUCUGGCGGAAUCACCUCAAGAGGCGGUUGCAGCUCCGCCUGAGCAGUGA